UGUCUGGAAAAUUUACAAGUUGUUAUUUACGUUUUGGCUUCCGAAUAGCAAACUUGUUCUUAGUUUGAUUCUCCUAGCACUUUCAAAAUGGGUGAACGCAAGGGUCAGAAUAAAUACUACCCGCCCGACUAUGACCCGAAGAAGGGCGGCCUCAACAAGUUCCAGGGCACCCAUGCCCUGCGGGAACGCGCCCGCAAGAUCCACCUGGGGAUCAUCAUCAUCCGCUUCGAGAUGCCCUACAAUAUCUGGUGCGACGGAUGCAAGAACCACAUCGGCAUGGGAGUGCGCUACAAUGCGGAGAAGACCAAGGUGGGGAUGUACUACACCACGCCCAUCUUCAAGUUCCGGAUGAAGUGCCACUUGUGCGAUAACCACUUCGAGAUUCAGACGGACCCGGGCAAUCUAGACUAUGUCAUACUCUCGGGCGCGCGACGGCAGGAGAACCGCUGGGAUCCCCUGCAGAACGAGCAGGUUGUGCCGGAAACCAAAGAGGUGCAGAAGCGCCUCUUCGACGACGCCAUGUACAAGCUGGAACACCAAGCCAAGGAUGCCAAGGCAGCGGCGGACGCCAAACCGGUGCUCCAGAAGCUGGUAGAGCGCAACAUGACUCUCUGGGAUGACAGCUACAUGGCCAAUUGUCGCCUGCGUGCCGAGUUCCGCCAGCAGAAGCAGGAGAUCAAGGGCCAGCAGGAGCAGGACCGCCAGCUGCUGGCCAAAAGCAGUCUGGACAUUGCCCUCCUGCCGGAAACCAGUCAGGACCGGGAAAUGGCCGCCCUGAUGAAGUUGCAGACUAAGUCUGCUCUGGAGAGGGAGUCUGAGCAGCGGCUGGAGCUCCUCAUGCGCCCAGCGCUGCCGGGUGCGACAGCUACCACUUUUGGUGGCCUCAAGCGACAAAAAGCGCUAAAUAGCCAGCUUCAACUUCAGGAUCUGGGCAUCCGGCGCCGAAAACUAGACGAAGCUAAAGCCCCCACCUCGAAUGCCAAAUCCCAGAGCUUGGUGGGCGACUACUCCUCCUCAGACAAUGACUCAAAUGGCUGAAUUCACAAGGGAUUUGUUUAUACAUAAUACAAUAAUUAUAAAAACAGAACGCUGUACCAAAAAAAAACCCUAAUACAAUC